UCACCUGGCUCUAUUAUCGUUAUAGACAAUGCGAGCAUCCACCGGCAUAAGGAGGUGUCUGUUGUAGUCGCUAAUACCCUCUGUUUCCUCGAAUACCUACUACCUUAUUCACCCGACUUCAACCUUAUCGAGCAGUCCUUUAACGUGCUAAAGGCGUAG